GCGCACGGACACGCGCACUGGCUCUAUCUGUGCGCGGGCACGCCGCGGGAGCGCGCAGAGCUCAUCAUGUCCUCCAGCUGGAUUUCUCUGUAGUCUCUCCCCACAAACAGACGUGAUCAAAUCAUCUUAAUCUUCAUCUUCAUCAUCAUCUGUUCUGCUGUGCGCGUGCCCGUGUGUGUGUGUGCGUGAUGCGCGUGCUGGCGGUCUGGUCGGCGGCGUGCGUGUUCUGCGCUGCAGUGAGAUGCGUCCCUCUGGCGGAAGAGAAGAGCACUGACUGUGGUUCUGAUGGAGUCAGUAUCAGUGCUGAUGGACCGACGGUUGGCUGUGAGCGACGCGAGACCGAUGAUGUUCUGAACGCUGAGGAGAGACACGAGGGUCUGCUGAGAGAGCUACAGGAGCUGGCCCAGCACGAGAAAGACAGAGAGCAUGAAGACACCCGCGAAAGAGACGACUACGAGCUCAACGACGAGGAGGAGGAGGAGGAGGAAGAUGAGGGAGCGAUGAAGGAGCAGAAUGAGCGAGACCUGGAUGAGCUUCUGCAGGAGGAGAUCCAGAAGACGGCGGUCCAGAGGAGACAAGACGAGGAGCUGGAGGAGCUGCUGGAGGAGCUGGAGAGGAAACAACAGGAGAAGAAACGCAGGAGGAACGAGGAUGAGGAGGAGGAGAAGAGGAAGAGCGAGCUGGAGCUGAUGGUGGAGAAGGAGAAGGUGGAGAAGGAGCUGAAGGAGCUGCUGGAGGAGCAGAAGAACGACACCAAGAGCUGGAACAAAGAGAAGGAGAAGGAGGAGAAACAGGAGGAGCUGCAGGAGCUGGUGAGGAAGAUGGAGCGCGUGAAGGAGGAGGAGGAGGAGAAGAAGGAGAAGCGGGAGAUGGAGAACGCCAGCGAUGAGGCCACACGACAGUUUGAGAGAGAGAGAGACGAGGAGGAGGAGGAGAGACAGCAUGAUAAAGAGAAGGAGGAGGAGGAUGAAGAUGAGGAGCUGCUGGAGAUUGAAGCUGAACUGAGAAAAGUGGUGGCGCAACUACAUGAACUACGCAGGGGUUAAACACACACACUCACUCACACACACACUCACUCACACACACACACACACACACACACUCACACACACACUCUCACACUCUCACACACACACACACACACACACACACACAAUCAGAUGAAACACUCUGAAAUAAGACAUCAUUUAGUCUAUUUAUGAAGGUAUAUAUUCAUAAGCUCAUAGAGGCAGUUCAUUCAUCAGGCUUCACUAUCCUGCUGCAGAUGUUCAUAAAUAUAAUUCUCAUGAAACGAAAUCAAACACCAAAUGCUCAUAAACACACUGGUGGUAAAGCCAUAGAGACGUGUUUAGUGCACAGUCACGCAAGCCACGCCCCUAAUCAUCACUCCCCGCCUCCUCAUUUGAAUAUUUUAGCAUUCAUAUCUAUAUUGUGAUGCAAUACUUUCUUCAGUGGUACGACUAAUAUAAUGAGACACGUGUGCACAUAUGAUGAAGUAAUGAUGUGAUUUGUGCUCUUGACUGUUACUGUGUUUCUGAAUCAUUCUGCUGUGUGAACAUGGCUAAAACUGUUCUGGGGUCAGAACGCCAGCCGCUGAGACUGUGUGUGUGUGUGUGUCUGUCUGUGUGUGUGUGUGUGUGAGAGAGAGUGUGUGUGUGUGUGUGUGAGUGUGUGUGUGUGUGUGUGUGUGUGAGAGAGUGUGUGUGUGUGUGUGUGUGUGUUGGACAGGAAACGCUGGCAUUCUUUCCCUGCAUGUUGCACUUUCCUGAAAGCAGCCAAUGAGAGCAGGUCUGGUCACAGACUCCGCCCACACACACAUUGUUGUCAUUGAGUUUUAAUAGAUUUGAAAGAAAAACCAGCAAUAAGAGUCAGAGGAGCUGAUCAAUACACGAGUGUCGACUGCAGAAUGAAUCUCAUAUUUAUUAUGAAUGUAAAUGCAGAUUAGCGGAGCAUAUAAAGGCAUUCCAGUCGAGAGAAUAGUUCUGUGUGUUUGGUUUAAUAAAGAUCUGUUGACUGAA